AUGGAGACUGAAAAUGAAAAGCUGAAGCGUCUGGUAUUCUCCAUUGGGCAAGACCUUUGCCGUGCAGUGUCAGAGGGAAAAUGGAAGUCCCCAAAACACAUUCUACUAUGUGAGACUGUGAGGCACUUGUUCCGAAGCAAGCAACUCACAACAAUAUUAAACAGACUUGGCCACUCUGAGACCUACGAUUUUGGCUUAGAGUUGGAAACUGCACUGGCUAAAGCCCUGGAUGAAGUCUCAACAUAUCGGACACACCAAAUUGUGACAGGGGAGGGAAACCUUGUAUUCCACUGUGAGUGGGAUAACUUGAAUAAAACCACUACCAGUGUGCACAGCAGCAACAUUGUCAACAGUGCAGGAGGAAUCAUGGUGCAGGAGGUUAAGCCUGGGUUCGAGAGCAACAAGGUCCGAAUGCUGCGUAUCAUUGAUAAAUCACAACAGCGUAGCCUUAAAGUUGACACACCAGAAACUCUCCCACCCCUGAAUUUUCCUCGUGUUGGCCCAAAGUUCCCUGAUGGCUCAUCAUUCACACCCCCUGUAGAGAAUGAUGCAGUCUAUGCUGCUAAGAUGAAAGAGUACUACAUCUGGCUCUUCAGCAGGUAUAUCGGAAGUGAUGGUGAGCAGUCUGUGCCUGGACUAGGGGGCUUCACCUCUGCAACUGGUUCUCCCCCACCCCGAAAAUCAACUGUGGACUACUUCACGCCAAUCCAUCAGCCAAUCACUGACAAUGCAGUUGUUUGUGAGCUACUGAGGCGUUCUGAGAAGGGAGAUGGGACCAGACGACAAUCUACGAGGCGAGCGAUGCCUCUCUGA